GGUCCUCUCUACUUCAAAAGUUUCAGUUUUCGUUUUAAUGCUGGAGCGCCAAGUUCAACGCUGUUCUUUGAAUACUUUACAUAAGAAUAAGUUGAAAAAAGUUUAUUUUAUAGCCGUAAUCUCUUAUCCAUCAUAGUUCAACUUAGCAGUGUUGGUCACGUUAUUGGAUAUGCCAAACAUUACCAAACAUGAGUACUCCUUCAUGUUCGAUUACUCCUACUGUGAGAUGCCCUACGACAGGGAGUUUGAGCUAUUGUGGCAGCAGAUCGGCGAGGAACUGCGAUCCCGACACAAUCGAUUCCUGGGCAUGCCCUUCGAUAGUGGAUUUGAACGGAUGUGGCGCCAAAUCGGAGAGGAACUGAAGCGGGAUCAGGAGGUAAACGACUUGGCAGUCGGCUUUCGGCGGAAGUUAACCCUCUACGCAAAGGAGGAAGCGAUGGUCGACCCACUUGAGUCUUUUAUUGAACGCAGAUAAAAUAUAUUCAAUUUUAUUGAACGGCAUGUUAGUGUUAAAAGUACGUGGUAUGUAUGUCUAUUAAGUAUGCAUUGUAAAGAUUACCAUCGGUUUUGGUUAAAAUAAUUUAUUGUUUUUUCGGAAUUGGUUUCAAAGUCGAAUAGAUCAAGCGAAUGCCUGAUUUCGAUUGGAAAAAAGAUAAUAAAAAAGACUUAACAUA